AGAGCGAGUGAAAUCAUGGGUCAUGGAAGUAUUGGGUUUUUGAUCCCUUUGGAUAAAAAUCUUGAGGAAGAUGUUUCAGCAAGGAAGAUUGCGCUUUCUCAAGGCCCUAACUUUGUUGGUCGCGAUUCCAUCCCAGUUUUGGAUAAGAGGCUCAGCCGCAAGCAUAUCCUUUUGAAUUCCAACCCAGAUGGUUCUCUUGAAAUUGUUGUGGAAAGCUCAAACCCAAUUGUAGUUAGAUCAUUGGACCAGAGGAGGAAAGUUCUUUCUGGAGAGAAAGUAAAAGUCAAGGGUGGUGAUAUAGUUGAGUUGAUCCCAGGACAUCACUUUUUGAAGUAUGUCAAUUUGUCUGAUGAGAACAAAUCAUCUCCAGUAAGUAACCAGAAGAGGAAAUGUAAUGAAGUUACCCAAGUUGAUACAGAUCACAGGAGAGCUGCAAAGGGUAAACGGAUUGACAACUCUCAAGAUGAAGCCAUGGCUAGAAACCUUAAGGAAGACAUAGAAAGCUCCUCGAUGGAGGCAAUACGUGGUUUUACAAUUGAUAAUGAUAAACUGCCCUUGACUUUCCGUCUUCUAAAAGUUCAAGGGCUUCCAGCAUGGGCUAAUACAUCGUGUGUGUCUAUUACUGACGUAAUUCAGGGCGACAUAUUGUUGGCAUUCCUUUCGAAUUACAUGGUUGACAUUGAUUGGCUGUUAUCAGCUUGUCAAAUACUCAAGAAAGUACCUCACGUGAUGGUAAUUCAUGGCGAGAGUGAUGGCACAUUGGAUUAUAUGAAGAUGAAAAAGCCUGCUAAUUGGAUUCUGCAUAAGCCUCCACUUCCGAUUUCUUAUGGAACGCACCACUCAAAGGCAAUGUUGCUGGUGUAUGCUAAAGGGAUUAGGGUUAUUGUGCAUACGGCGAAUCUAAUACAUAUUGAUUGGAAUAAUAAAAGUCAAGGUUUGUGGAUGCAAGAUUUUCCUUGGAAGGAUCAAACUAAUAGUUCUUCAAACAUGGUGUGUGGAUUUGAAACUGACUUGAUUGAAUACCUUAGUGCCUUAAAGUUGCCUGAAUUUAUUGCAAAGUUACCGGCCCUGGAAAAUUGUAAAAUCAAUUCAUCAUUUUUCAAGAAGUUUGACUACAGUGAAUCAGCGGUGAGGUUAGUUGGUUCAGUUCCAGGUUAUCAUAAUGGCUCCAAUCUGAAAAAAUGGGGACAUAUGAAGCUGCGAACCAUUCUCCAAGACUGUGUUUUUGACAAAGAAUUUCGGAAUUCCCCUCUUGCUUACCAGUUUUCCUCCCUUGGUUCUUUGGAUGAGAAGUGGAUGUCUGAGUUUGCCACAUCCUUGUCUUCGGGAGUUACAGAAGACAAAAAGCCUCUCGGUUUAGGAGAAUCUCUAAUAAUAUGGCCAACUGUCGAAGAUGUUAGGUGCUCUAUAGAGGGUUAUGGUGCAGGAGGUGCAAUCCCAAGCCCAUUAAAGAAUGUGGAAAAAGAAUUCCUGAAAAAAUAUUGGGCCAAAUGGGCUGCAAAGCACUCGGGUCGUUGUCGAUCCAUGCCCCAUAUAAAGACAUUUACUCGAUAUAAUGGUCAAGACCUAGCAUGGUUCUUAUUGACAUCGUCGAACCUCAGCAAAGCUGCCUGGGGAGCGCUACAGAAAAACAAUUCUCAGCUGAUGAUUCGCUCGUACGAGCUUGGAGUAUUAUUCUUGCCGACUCAAGUCAAAGAGCACGGUUACAGGUUUUCUUGCACAAACAAUGGCAACAAGGCCUUGGAAAUAAGCAAAUCUCUGGAAAGUGGUUCUGAAAUGAAAAAGAAGAGACGAAAGCUUGUGACUCUGGCUUGGCGAGGAAGCGAGAAUAUGGAUUCGAAUGAAGUAAUUCGUUUGCCCGUGCCUUAUGAGCUCCCUCCAAAGCGUUAUACAUCUCAAGAUAUUCCCUGGUCCUGGGACCGAAGAUAUCAGACUAAAGAUGUAUAUGGUCAAAUUUGGCCUAGGUAAGAUGUUUAGUUAUACAGCUCUCUCAACAUUCAACUAGUUUAGACCAAAGACGAGGAAUAUGGUCAGUUUUUAACAGAAGAACUCGAUGAUUAUUAAGAGUUUGAUUUAGCUUGUUCUCUCAAUAGCUUAUUUAGUUUCUACUUAUGUGUUAAUCUUGUAAGUACCCUUUAUAUUCAUAACAAGGUCAUGAAUAGGAUUCCCUCUUUUA